AUGUGGGCGACGUAUAACAAGCGCGAAGACACGGUGCCUGGCGAUGAUGCGUACGUUAGCCGCUCGGAACCGCUCCCUACGGCCGUCCCCGCAGCCGACCGGCUCGUAGCGAUUGGCGAUAUACAUGGUGAUUAUCAUAAGGCAGUACGCGCAUUUCGGCUGGCGGGCUUGACAGAUGAGCACGGCCGAUGGAGCGGCGGUAGUACGGUGGCCGUCCAGGUGGGCGACAUCCUUGACCGCGGUGAUCAUGAGAUCCGCACCCUCAUCAUGCUGGAGCGCCUGGCACGAGAGGCAGAGGCUGCGGGAGGGCGGCUGUACCUGCUUAACGGCAACCACGAAACCAUGAAUGUGAUGGGAGACCACCGUUACGCCACGCCGGGCGCCAAUCUGGAGGUGUUGGGACUCUCCACAUGGCGGGACUUCUGCACGCUCAUGAAGCGACGCAGCGGCUGCCCGGCGCCGGAUGGGCAGUUGGACCCUCUGCAGGAUCGCCGAAAUGCCGCGGCGCACGCGUCGUCCUCCCCGGCUGCUGCUCAGAUGGCCCGGUUGCGGCCCUACAACUGGUUGCGCAGCAGAGCGCUGCGGCCGGGUAGCGAGAUUUCACGGCGCUUCUUUGCAGCACGACCGACGGUGCUGCAGGUCGGCGAUAACUUGUUCGUGCAUGGCGGCGUGCUGCCUGCGCACGUCGAGUAUGGGCUGGAGCGCAUUAACAGGGAGACGCAGUCAUGGCUGCUGGGAGGCCCUGGCGCGCCCGCUCGGCCGCCUGCGUUCCUGCUCGGCGGCUCUGCCAUCGUGUGGGCGCGGGCCUUCUCCGCAUCCGAUGAAAAGCGCUGCGACUGCGAGACGCUGCAGAACGUGUUGGAGUCCAUACCCGGCGCCCGGCGCAUGGUGGUGGGUCACACCAUCCAGACUCGCGGCAUCAACAGCGCCUGUGAGUCGCGGGUGAUUCGGAUAGAUGUGGGCAUGUCGCACGGCUGCGGAGACUUUCCCGUGGAGGUGCUGGAGGUGCUCAAGGACGGCCAGGUUCGGAGGCUCCGAGAGCACGGUCCCCCUGUCCCCGUGGGGCCCGCGCCUCCGCGCCGCUCGCAACACGCGCCCCAGCAGCCAUCACAACACCAACACCACCAGCAGCCACCACAGCAAGGAGCCGUGCACGCGGGCAAAGAAACACGAGUCGGCUCUGUCGCCGCUGGCGCGGCCUCGACAGCAGCCUGA